ACCAUUCCAACGACCUUUCUUCAUCUCUUCCUCCGACGACGUCCACAGGCCGCGAAUCUAUGUCCAGAGUACUCGCCGUCGCGCUCUUAGCCCUAGUACUUUGCUCGCCGGUGCUGGCGAGCCAAGCUGACCCCAUCCUCAAGCUUCCUUCCGAUCGCUACGGCGUCUAUUUCAACGGAGAAGACGAUGAGGGCUCGGCGAGCACUCGGUGGGCUGUUCUCAUCGCCGGAUCCUCCGGUUUUAGCAACUAUAGACACCAGGCUGAUGUCUGCCAUGCAUACCAAACACUGAAGAAAGGUGGACUUAAAGAUGAAAACAUCAUUGUGUUCAUGUAUGAUGAUAUCGCUAACAGUGAGGAUAACCCUAGACCAGGAAUUGUAAUAAACCACCCAGAGGGUGAAGAUGUGUAUGCUGGUGUUCCAAAGGAUUAUGUUGGAGAGGAUGUAACUGUUGAUAAUCUUUUUGCUGUUCUGCUUGGAAAUAGAAGUGCUCUAAGUGGAGGCAGUGGAAAGGUUGUUGAUAGUGGGCCCACUGAUCAUAUUUUCAUAUAUUACUCUGAUCAUGGCGGUCCUGGGGUCCUUGGGAUGCCCACCCUUCCUUAUCUUUAUGCAAUUGACCUCAUUGAAGUGCUGAAGAAGAAGCAUGCUUCUCAAUCUUAUAAAAGCAUGGUGUUCUAUCUUGAGGCUUGUGAAUCAGGGAGCAUUUUUGAAGGUCUGCUUCCUGAAGAUUUAAAUAUUUAUGCUACUACAGCAUCAAAUGCUGACGAAAGCAGUUGGGGAACUUACUGUCCUGGAGACUUACUUGGUCCUCCUCCAGAGUACUGUACUUGUUUGGGUGAUUUAUAUAGUGUGUCUUGGAUGGAAGACAGUGAUGUACACAAUUUGCGGACUGAAACUCUGAAACAACAAUAUAAUCUUGUCAAAACAAGGACAGCAGCUCAUGGUCUGGAUACUUAUGGCUCCCAUGUCAUGCAAUAUGGAGAUCCAAAUCUUGGUGCAGAAUUUCUAUACUCGUACAUGGGAUCAAACCCUGUCAAUGACAAUGUUAGUUUUGUGGAUGGUAACUCAUUACCAUCAUUUUCAAGGGCUGUUAACCAGCGUGAUGCAGACCUUGUUUAUUUCUGGAAUAAGUUUCAAAGGUCACCAGAAGGUUCUCGUAAGAAACAUGAGAGUCAGAAGCAGAUGUUUGAUGUUAUAUCCCAUCGAGUCCAUGUGGACAACAGUAUGGAAGCCAUUGGGAAGCUUCUCUUUGGAUCAGACCAAAGUUUAGAAACUCUAAAGACAGUUAGACCAUCAGGGCAACCUUUAGUAGAUGACUGGGACUGCCUCAAGUCAAUGGUUAGAACUUUUGAAACAUACUGUGGAUCUCUAUCACAGUAUGGAAUGAGACACAUGAGAUCCUUAGCAAACAUAUGCAAUGCUGGCAUCAAUACGGAAAGGAUGCAUGAAGUGUCUGCUCAAGCUUGUGUGAGAAUUCCUCCCAACCCUUGGAGUUCCAUCCACAGUGGUUUUAGUGCUUGAGAGAUGUAUUUAACUAACAAACAUAUUGUUCUUUAGUCCUUUUUUUGCAUAUAUAUAUAUAUAUAUAUAUAUACAAACAUAUUGUGUUAAACAUGCCUUGAUGGUUUUGUUAAUUGUGUGUGGAAUGUUUACUUGCUGAAGUUGAAGGACUUUACUUUCCUACGUUGGUUGGGGGAAGGACUGUCACAUCAACUCGCUUAUGUAAAUUAAAUAAAAAUUUGAAUUAUAUAUUAUUAUA